CAGCAGUCGGCGAAGUCGUCAGGUUUGUCGAGCAACCUGCAGCCGUCAGGUGCCAAAGCGGACGCUCUCAGGGAAGAGAUGGAGGAGGCGGCGAACAGAGUGGAGAUUUGCAGGGACCAGCUCUCGGCUGACAUGUACAAUUUCGUGGCCAAAGAAAUAGACUAUGCAAACUACUUUCAAAGAUUAAUAGAAGUGCAAGCAGAAUACCAUAGGAAGUCAUUAGCACUUUUACAGAACGUGUUGCCUCAGAUAAAAGCACAGCAGGAAGCCUGGAUCGAGAAGCCCUCCUUCGGGAAGCCGCUGGAGGAGCACCUGGCCAUCAGCGGGCGGGAGAUCGCCUUCCCGAUCGAGGCGUGUGUCACCAUGCUGCUGGAGUGCGGGAUGCAGGAGGAGGGUCUCUUCAGGGUGGCUCCUUCUGCAUCCAAGUUAAAGAAGCUCAAGGCGGCUCUCGACUGCUGCGUGGUGGAUGUGCAGGAAUAUUCAGCAGACCCCCAUGCCAUUGCAGGGGCGCUGAAGUCCUAUCUCCGAGAGCUUCCAGAGCCUCUCAUGACCUUUGAACUCUAUGACGAAUGGAUUCAAGCUUCCAACAUCCAGGACCAAGACAAGAGGCUGCAGGCCCUGUGGAAUGCCUGCGAAAAACUGCCCAAGGCCAACUACAACAACAUCAGGUACCUGAUCAAAUUCCUAGCAAAGCUGACGGAAUACCAGGAUGCUAACAAAAUGACACCGAGCAACGUGGCGAUAGUGCUGGGCCCCAACCUCCUCUGGCCUCAAGCAGAAGGAAACAUCACGGAGAUGAUGACAACGGUGUCUCUGCAGAUUGUGGGGAUCAUCGAGCCCCUCAUCCAGCAUGCCGACUGGUUCUUCCCUGGAGACAUUGAAUUCAAUGUGACUGGGAACUACGGCAGCCCCAUGCACGUCAACCACAAUGCCAACUACAGCUCCAUGCCCUCCCCUGACAUGGACCACUCGGACCGCAAGCAGCACGACCAGGCCCGGCGUCCCCUCAGUGUGGCCACGGACAACAUGAUGCUGGAGUUUUACAAAAAGGAUGGCCUUAGGAAAAUCCAAAGCAUGGGCGUCAGGGUGAUGGACACAUCUUGGGUGGCCCGCAGAGGCACCACCGUAGUUCGAAAAGCGUCCUCCACCCCGCCUGCCAUGCAGCCCCCCGCGCCACCUUCCGAUCUCGCUGCUACUCCUCAGUCACCAAUUCCUGAGCAAUCUCUUGAUAUUUCAGCUACUCCCUCCCCUACUCCAACUAGCUUUGGCUUCCAGCCAGGAGCCGAACAGACAAGCACGGAUGAUGUGUCGUCUAGUUGGUUGGACUCCUGUUACCACUACCCUUCCCCUGAGGACGACAGGCCCCACCCUUACCCUUGCUAUCAGCACCUCCGCCAUUACCACCCCCAGGCUCGGCCCGAGGCCCCCUCACCACCCUACCGGUGGUCAGGGCACAGCCAAACUCUGCCUCCCCGCUCCUCGUUCUCCUCCUCCUCCUCUCCCAGCCCUCAGCUGCUUGACAUUAAUUCGAACCCGAAGCCGUGUUUCCUUCACCUCCCCAAGCAGAGCUCCCUCACCGAAUCGCAUGCUCUCGAAACUAAUCUCUUCAUCCCCUCCAUCAAACCCCCACUUGUCUUAGCCAAACCAGACCCACCUGGCGCUCCCUACCCCUCCCUUAUGUCAGCCUCUCCCCCCUGGGUCGGCUGCGCCAGCGACAGAGGAGCCAGCCUGACUAGUACUUUAAAAACCAAGGAGCUGUCGCCCGUGUCUGGGCAGAAAGGCAGCCCAAGCUCCAGUCACGUGGCCCCAUGUGGGAGCGUGCAGCAGGUGGCCAGUCCCACUCAGCAGCUGUCCAUGGAGCAAAGCCCUCACACACUGCGCAAAGUUUCCAAGAAGCUGGCUCCAAUCACACCCAAGGUGCCCUACGGCCCGUCAGGCGGUAUGUCCGACCAGUCCACGGGACAGCCAUCCCCCGUCAGCCUGUCUCCCACCCCUCCGAGCACCCCUUCACCCUAUGGACUGAAUUACCCACACGGCUACUCACUGGCCUCAGGCCAGCUCUCCCCAGCUGCUGCUCCUUCCCUGUCUUCUCCUCCUUCCCUGACGAGCACUUUAACCAAGUCUCGACCCACCCCUAAGCCAAGGCAGAGGCCCACGCUGCCACCGCCACAGCCUCCCACAGCCAGCCUGACCGGCGCUAGCCCGCAGUCCAUGGACCACACCCUGCUAGAUGACAUGUCCCCCGGGGAAAGCAUGUCCACAGAUCUCGUCCCCUUUGAUGUCCCUUCUAUACACGUCGAGGUUGAUCCUGCACUCCACCAAGAUCCGCUGGAACAAACCCAGAGACAUUCUGCGGCAGGGAAAGUCGAUUCGGAAGAGGAAGAAUCGGAAAGCACCGCCCUAUGACAUAGUGUCCCCUUCCCCCAUUGACUCUCUUGUACAUACAUGUGAUCCCAUAACCACUACGGUCCGGAGACCUUGCCCUGGCAGGGCUUGCUCUCAGUGGGGGCUCCAUUCUCCAGCUACCAGUGUGAGCUGGCUGGAUGGACAUGUGUGACUUGUAGCAAACAGGGACAGCCUAUCUCCAUGGCAAAAUGCAUUUCUGGGGCAGUUUUGGUUACUUAUUUCCAUCGGUUUGUUUCGCCUUAUCCAAACUUUGCCUUUUGACUUGGUGCCUAAGUAUCCCCCUUUCAAGCUUUCAGCCCUGUUCCAAAAAUAACCCCAACCCCCCUCCCCACACCGUAAACACACAUUCCCCAUUGCUCUUCAGCAGGGUGGUCACUGCAGUAACGGUGCCCAGUGGCACCAGGCUGCCAGGCAAGGGUUCCGCUCGUUGGGUUCCACCAGCGUCCCCUUGCCUGGCAGCUGGUGAAAUCCUUGCCCGGUGGCCCAUUGCUUUUCCAGCUGCACUGCUGUGCUGUCAAUGCCCAUGCUGUCUCCGUCCCCUGCAGGAAGGCUGUUAUAGGAGAGAUGUUGUCUCUAACCCUUAUAAGCCUGUUGUUUUCCAGACUGUCUGCCAAACUGACUGCUUUAGGGUAACACCUGCAGGGUGGUCUCCAGGAGAGUGUUUGCCCCAAUGGGAUCUGAACCAUGUCUCAUCAUUCCCAAAUACCUCACCCUGGCUUUUUCUCCUUCCCUUGUUUCUUUGUUGGCUUGACUCCUUGUUAUUGGCCGGAAAUGACUCCCUGUCUGAGCCGCAGCUGGGGAUUUGGCGAGGAACCAGGUGUGACUGUUCCUCUUGGGACCACGGCAGGCAGUUGGGAGCGGCAUGGACACGCCUGCGAUUGGCAAGGGAGGCGUGGGCCCCGUCGGCGUGAACGGCGCCACUUUGUGCUGGAGAGCAAGGCCAUGCUUUGAAUAGCAAUAAUGUGCUCAUGUUGUGUCCCCCUACCUGUGCUUUAGAAAGUGAGAUGUGGCCCGGGUGACCUUGCCUUUCCAGCUCACUGCUCACCAGCGCAACUCCCUCAUCUCUCCCCACCAAGAGUCACAUAUUCCUGCAUCACAGUCUGCAAGGAGAGGGCAAAACUGACUACAGGGACAUGUUACCAGGCACCUGAUAAGAGUUUACUCAGCGCUGAGCCUUAGUUAGCUCUUUUGUUUGGGUGGUGUGGAGCAGAGGUUUUGGUGGUGCAUGCAAAGACAAAUUUAACCUUUUAUCCUUUUGAAAGAUAUAUAUAUAUAUAUAUCUGUCUGCAUAGAUAUAUAUAUAUAUUAUAUAUUUGUAUAUAUAAAAUAGAUCUAUAUAUAUUUGUUUUAUUUGAGCCAUUCCAUCUGAACUGGUGUACCAAUGUACAAUGUAAAUUGAAAUGCUUAGCGUCCCCGGAUAAGUAUAAAUGUAUAAAGAAAUAUUCUCUCACAGCCGUAUUUGCAAGUUAAGAUGUUACAGCUUUCUGCACAGGUCAUAAGUGCAACUCAUCACCCAGACUGUAAUGGGGACACAGGGGGGAGGGAGGGGCAGGGAUGUAGUGCUAAAUCACCUGAAAUAAAUGUGCAAAUUGCUGUCAAAUUGUUGGUAAAACGGGGGUUCUUCUCCUCAAACACAGUGAAUGUCAUGUAUUUGCAGCAGUUCCUCCAGAAGGACUUGCUGGUUUGUGUCUCACACUCUGACCUGAAAUAUCAACACCCCGAGCAGCUUCUUGAAAGAAGCCGCACGCUUGACUCCCCACACCACCCUGCCCCCAACUCUCCUUGAAGGGUGUUCUCAUUAAAAUAGAAUCAACUGAUGAUGUUUGCUGAACCCGUAUAUGUAGCCUCCAAUCCAGGUCUCGCUGUGCCUCUUUGCCAAGGAGAGGGGGAGGUGAGGUUGUAGAAGGGUCAGUGGUGAAGAUUCAUCAGUGAAAAAACCUUGCCAUUCUCAGGGGUUUAUGCUGCAGCCCAUCACCAUGGUGUCUGGGUGUCUUCUCUGUAAAAUCAGUCGUGAUAGCGAAGUCUGUAGUGGAAUUCAUGGAGACUCCAGCACCUGUCAAGAGGACACCCAGGCUUGUGUUGGUGGCUCAGCUGGAUGUCUUUGGUGGGGAGUUCUCACAAGAACAUUGGCCAGGGCAGAGCUUAAUCUGAGCAAACGCUUACAGAAAAGAAAGAUGACAUCCAUUAGGCCUGUUCCACUUCAAAUAGAGAAGUGGAGAAACACCCCCUUCCCUCCCCCCCAAAUGUGCACUUCUUUGCAAGGCCACACUGCAAAAACAGCAUGGAGGGUCCAGGGUGACUUUUUUUUCUGUUUCCCUAGAGCAAAUCUGUGCAGUUGGCAAGUAAAACGCUGGGCUUUCCUACCAGCCAGCCCUGCAAACUCAGCCUGAGAGCUGAAAGUCAAGCUGGCCUCUUUCCUUCUUGUACAACAUGGAAACCAAAUCCUCUCAAACUAUUUUGAUUUAUUUUUGUUAAUGAGAUUACAAGUUUGGUUGAUAAAGGUAAUAGUGUUGAUGUAUUAUACUUACUCUUCUGAGAGGCAUUUGACUGGGUACCACAGGACAUUUUUGAUUAAAAACUAGAAUGAUAUAAAAUUUACAUGGCCCCCGUUAACUGCAUUAAAAGUUGGCUAAGUGAUAGGUCCCAAAAUGUAAGUAUAAGCAGAGUUAGCUCUGAGUGCGUCUGUUUCCAGUGGGGUCUUGCAGGGCUUUGUUCUUGGCCCUGUAGUAUUUUUAUGAAUGACCUGGAAGAAAACUUAAAAUCAUAACUAAUAAAGUUUGCAGUUGUGACAAAAAUUGGGGGAGUGGUCAGUAAUGAAGAGGACAGGUCAUUGAUCCAAAGCAAUGAGGAUCAUUUGAUAGGCUGAGCUUAAGCAAACAAUGUGUGUUUUAAUACCUCUAAAUGUAAAUGUGUUCAUCUAGGAACAAAGAAUGGAGGCCAUACCAACAGGAUGGGGGACUCUGUCCUGGGAAGCCGGGACUCUGAAAAAGAUUUGGGGGUCAUGGUAGAUAAUCAGCUGAGCUAGUAUGAUGCUGUGACCAGAAGAGCUACUGUGAUCCUAGGAUGCAUAAACAAGAGUGUCUAGGGUUACUGGACAGCAAGUGUGAAAAAUCAGGAUGGGAAUGGGGGGGUAAUAGGAGCCUAUAUAAGAAAAAGACCCCAAAAUCAGGAGUGUCCUGAUAAAAUUGGGACAUCUGGUCACCCUAAGAGUGUCUCACAUAGGAGUAGAGAGGUUAUUUCACCUCUGUAUUUGACGCUAGUGCGACCGCUGCGGGAAUCCUGUGUCCAGUUCUGGUGCCCACAAUUCAGGAAGGAUGUUCUUAAGUUGGAGAGAGAUCAGAGAGGAGCCAUGAGAAUGACUAAAGGACUAGAAAACCUGCCUUAUAGUGAUAGACUAAGGAGCUUGAUCUAUUUAGCUUAACAAAGAG